AAGGGGGAAGCGGGAGGGAGCAAAAUGGCGGCGGCGGCGCUCGCUGUGGGCAGCUCUCCGGACUCAGGACACGAGCGCGGUUGCUGCGCCGCGCAGUAGCGUGCGAUGAGCUGAGCCGGAGCCGAAGCCGGAGCCGGCCGGGAGGUGACGGAGCAGCGCUGCGCGUCGCUCCCAGGGCCUUUCUCGAGCGCGUCCUGCGAGGCCUGGGAUGAUGGAGCCGCUGCCCGAGCUCUACGCUAUCUUCCAGGGAGAGGUUGCUACUGUAACAGAAUAUGGGGCAUUUAUAAAAAUCCCAGGCUGCAGGAAACAAGGCCUUGUUCAUAAGACUCACAUGUCAUCCUGCCGUGUGGAUAAACCCUCAGAGAUAGUAGAUGUUGGAGACAAAGUAUGGGUGAAACUUAUUGGAAAAGAGAUGAAGGAUGACAAACUGAAACUUUCCCUCUCCAUGAAGGUUGUUAACCAAGGAACAGGAAAAGACCUGGACCCAAACAAUGUUUCCCUUGAUCAGGAUGAGAGGAAGAAGCGUACGUUCAGAGACUACACUAGUCAGAAGAUCACUCUUGAAGCUGUCUUGAACACUGUGUGCAAGAAAUGUGGUUGCAAAGGUCAUUUUGCUAAGGAGUGUUUCAUGCAGCCUGGAGGUACUAAAUAUAGCCUGAUUCCAGAAGAGGAGGAAGAGGAGGCAGCGACAGCAGAAUAUGAAAAAGAUAAAAAGACCAGUCUGGCUGACAGUUCUUCAAAAAAAAGAAAAAAGGAGAAGAAGAAGAAAAAGAAACACAAGAGUAAGCAGUCUUCCGAGUCUGACUCUGACAGCUCUGACUCUGACAGCGAUGGGGCUCAGCCAGCCAGUAAGAAGGCCAAACAUUCAGGGAAAGCCAGCAAGGCUCAGAAGAAGAAGAAAAAAAAGAAGCAUAAGAAAAAGCACAAGGAGUGAGUGAGCAAGCAGAGGCAAAGGGGUACUGACAUUGUGAAUCCCUGGAAAAUACUGUUGGGAGAGCAGAACUGAAUCAAUGCGUUCCUUGUUCCAAGGACAAGGUGUUUCCUUCUAAAACUAAUACUCAGCCUGUUUGAGAUUUUGACCUUGAUACUAGUUGUCCACUGUCACCUUAGACACAGGCUGCCACUUUCUCCCACCAGUGGGCAUGCCUGAAAAAUAGGCUAAUGACAACAGUUCAUCAGUACCUCUCCCGUCCCAUAGCCUUGUGUUUUGCUGGGUGAGCCGCCGGUGCUGCGCGCGACUCCCUCGGACAGCGUUAGCCUGCUGUAAGGAGCAUGCAUGACAUCAGCCCCUGCCCCUGGUUGCCUGUAAAAGGUGGAGCUCUGCUGCCUGGCCACGCUUUCCCCCACCAAUCCCUGCAGAGAGCUCGAGGGGGAGUUGUUGCUGGACCCUGCAGCAAGGCUAUGUCUUCCUUACAGCUCUGUACUCACCAGUCACUGCUCUGCAGCUCGGGCUUGCUCCACAUAUGAUUUGUUAGAUCAGUGUAACUAUGCGGUAACUGAAUCGCAGCCCAGUACUGUCAUCUCAGAAGAGCUCCAAGAAAGGACAGCUGAUAUCUGUGCUGUUGCCUGUUUCUUUUCCCAGCAUAAGGCAGUAUUAUAACUGCCUCCAUGCUAGAGGGGCUUCAUUCAUGGUAACUGUGUGGAGCCAUUUGGCUUCGGUAUAGAAACCCUCCCUCUGUUUCAUUCGUUUUGUCUGUAAACAUUUGGAGUGGGAGACUCAGUAGCAACUCAGUGAGUGGAGAUAUUUUAAGUAAACAUUGUGUAGUGUGUUUGCUGGCUUUGUAAAUGAUGGAAAAUAAAUUUAUCAAAUCUCUGUUGAA